AUGAAUGUGAAUACCCCCAUGUGCUCCUCCCGUCAUCAAAAUCAAGCAACCUUUUGUGGGUUUUGUCCACCUUGUCUGGAAAUCUGGCUUUCUUCUCCCUUGCCAGCACAAGUUAAUUCAUCAAGCGGUUCAAUCUUGGUUGAACCUGCCUCCCCAAUUGUUAACAGCUUUAACCAAAACAACUCUCUUACCUCCGCCUCCUAUCCUCAACCUCCUAAUCACCCGGCUUACGCAAAUAAUCAAUCCAACAACCAAGAUUCAAACCUGAGCUCCAGUUUUGAUGCAAGAGUGUUCAAACACGCCGCUGCCAAGGUGGCUGCUCACAACAAUGCUGUCCAAUACCCAGCCUCAAUCCCCAACAACAUGAUGUAUCAGCCUUCAACUGCAAUGGCCUACCAACAGUUUGAUGCUCUUGCUGCAGCAAAGGAAAACCGCACAUGUACGUCCCCUGUGUUCCCAGUUGGUAAAGCUAAACACACUUGUGGAUGGUCCUUGGGAACUGCUAUGAGUUGA